GGCUGUAGUCCCUGCUGGACAUGCUGCCGACAGAACUCUCUCUGCACAAACUACUCAUUUCAUCUUUAUUAGAAAGUUUCUGUUCAAACAUCUGCAUCAACCAUGGGAGUCGCCUACAGUGUUGGAGAGGUGGACCAUCUUUACACUUUCUUCUCACAAUGGUCUCCAGACUUUACAACAAAAUGCAAUAAGAUGAACAAGAAGCCUAGGUACCUAAUCCGAGAGAAGAAUCACAACCACUAUCUGUUUGUGGAGCAGGACAAAGCUGCUAUGAUCGACAAGUUACUGAGAGACUCAGUGAAUCCUGCUGCAAGAAACUGGAUCAUCACAGUGAAAAAGCCCAAGCGGUGCCCGAGUAUUAGCAGCUUUGAGGAGUCAGAUGAGCCAGAAUACCAUGAGGAUUUGGAGGAUGCACUUCCUGUUUUGAGUGACCAGAGUCUACUUCUGGACCAUCUUCACCUGGAAAAGGUUGCAGCUCAUUUACCAGCCAGAACGCAGGGUUACCCAUGGCAUUUGGUCUACAGCACCGCCGUACAUGGGAGCAGCCUGAAGACUCUGUACAGGAACAUGACAGGUCUGGACAGCCCUGUGCUCCUCAUAAUCAGAGACAUGCACAAAAAGGUGUUUGGUGCCUUCAGCUCGGACCCCUUCAGAAUCAGUCGCAUUUGCUAUGGGACAGGAGAGACAUUUUUGUUCAGUUUCAAUCCUGACUUUCAGUUGUUCAAAUGGACUGGCGAAAAUUCCUACUUUAUCAGUGGCAACUUGGAGUCUUUGCAGAUUGGUGGAGGAGGGGGCCGCUUUGGUUUGUGGUUGGAUGGAGAUCUAUAUCGUGGUUCGAGCUUCUCUUGUCCUACUUUCCACAACGCUCCACUUUCCACUCAUGAAGACUUCAUUGUCCAGGAACUGGAGGUGUGGACUGUUCAGAGCUGAUCCCACUCAUCUGUGUAGAGACAAAACACUGGUGCUGUGGUUAUACUGAGGGCCUCUGUAGUAAACAGGACUAGUCCUGCCUCAGCUUUGUGGGUCCUACUCGAGGAAAGCUCAGGCCUCACUGUGGAGUGGGUCUGACUAUGAGCAGACCCACAAGGAUAGUCCUGUGAAAUGGGUCCUGUUUGUGCUUCUCAUGAACACAACAGGCUUUCAGGCCCCCCUGCCACUAUGGAGUUAAAAUUACAACAGUUAGAGAAAAACUGUUGGAUAAGGCUUCUAAGCGUAUUAACAGUACAAGAUUUAUUACAAUAACAAGUUAUUUCUGAGUGUUUGCAUAAGAUGUCCAACACUCAUUCUAUAAAAAUCUAGGCCUAUGUUAAUCUGACGUGAACGUAAUAACAUUUUUGCACUACAUUGUUUUCAUGCAGUAUUUUUAAACAACUUUUUGGAUAAAAGGAAUACUGUAAACUGUCACUGUGUGAAUGUACAUGUGUUUUUUGUUAAAUUGAGUUCAACUCCACUAUUUAUAGUAAUCAAAAAUGGACUGAAAAUUGAAGCAACUUUCAAAAAAACUAUUUAUUAUAUUCUUCUGUGUCUCUUAUUCAUGUGCAUGUUAUAGACAGUGAAAGGCAGUGCUGGCACUGCCAGUUUUUGUGAACAAAACAAUAAAAUAUCUGGUUUGCUAUUA